AUGGACUCCACCGGCUGCUUGAAAUCCUUGCUUCUCACCAUCAGUCAAUACAAAGCCGUUAAGUCGGAGGCGAACACCAUCCAGCUUUUGCGGCACUUAGAGGUAAUUUCUGGACAGAAAUUCACACGAUUGUUUACAUCAAAUCAAAUAUUACCAAGUGAGUGCUUGACUUGCCUUGUAGAGCUACUCGAAGACCCAAACAUAAGUACUCCACUGAUCUUAAGUAUUAUCAGUUUGCUGUCUCAACUAGCUUUAGACAAUGAAACCAGAGACUUUCUUCAGAAUACAUAUAGUCUGAAUAGUGUACUUGCAGGAGUGGUUUGUCGGAACAGUGCAUGCCACAAUGAUUCAGUAUUUUUACAGUGCAUUCAGCUUCUGCAGAGAUUAACUUAUAACGUCAAAAUUUUCCAUUCUGGUGCCAAUAUAGAUGAAUUGAUUACAUUCCUGAUAGAUCAUAGUAAUGUGAAAUCUUUUUAUCGAACUCUUACAACCUUCUUGGCCCAUAGUAGCUUAACUGUGGUUGUGUUUGCACUUUCAAUAUUGUCCAGUUUGACAUUAAAUGAGGAGGUUGGAGAAAGGUAUGAGCAUUUUUCUUCAUGUCUUAAUCAAGUAUUAGGUCUUCUUAAUGGGAAAGAUCCUGAUUCUUCUUUAAAGGUUUUAGAAUUACUUCUUGCCUUCUGUUCAGUGACUCAGCUGCGCCACGUGCUCACUAAAAUGAUAUUUGAACCACCUGCAUCUGGCAACACCAUUCUGGGAAGCCGUCCUAAAUGUUUAGAACCUACUGUGGCUCUACUUCGUUGGUCAAACCAACCUUUGGAUGGAUCAGAAAGUUGUUCUAUUUUAGCACUGGAAUUGUUCAAGGAAAUAUUUGAGGAUGUCAUAGAUACUGCAAACUGUUCCUCAGCUGACCGUUUUGUGGCCCUUCUACUGCCUACAAUCCUUGAUCAGCUUCAGUUCACAGAACAAAAUCUAGACGAGGCCUUAACAAGAAAAAAAUGUGAAAGGAUGGUCAAGGCCAUUGAAGUUCUAUUAACUCUUUGUGGAGAUGAUACCAAAAUGCACAUUGCAAAACUUCUAACUACUAUCAAAUGUACCACUCUGAUAGAACAACAGUUUACAUAUGGCAAGAUUGACCUGGGGUUUGGAACAAAGGUAGCAGAUUCUGAAUUAUGCAAACUUGCUGGUGAUGUAAUUUUGAAAACUCUUGAUUUAAUGAACAAACUUAAACAGUUGGUUCCUGGUAUGGAAGUGAGCUUCUACAAAAUCCUCCAGGAUCCACGUUUGAUUACUCCUUUAGCUUUUGCUUUAACAUCAGAUAAUAGAGAACAAGUACAAUCUGGAUUGGGAAUAUUAUUGGAAGCUGCACCACUGCCAGAUUUUCCUGCUUUGGUACUUGGAGAAAGUAUAGCAGCAAAUAAUGCUUAUAGACAACAGGAAACAGAACAUAUGCCCAGAAGAAUGCCUUUGCAAUCAUUAAGUCACAGUUUUCCAACAUCUGUAAAGUGUUUAACUCCUCCACAUUUGAAAGAUAGCAUUCCUGGAUUGAACAUUGAGGAAUUAAUAGAGAAACUUCAGUCUGGAGUAGUGGUAAAAGAUCAAAUUAGUGAUGUAAGAAUAUCUGACAUAAUGGAUGUAUAUGAAAUGAAAUUGUCCACAUUAGCUUCCAAAGAAAGCAGACUACAAGAUCUCUUGGAAGCGAAAGCUCUAGCCCUUGCACAGGCUGAUAGACUGAUUGCUCAAUAUCGCUGUCAGAGAACUCAAGCUGAGACAGAGGCACAGACACUUGCUGGUAUGUUGAGAGAAGUUGAGAGAAAAAAUGAAGAGCUGAGUGUGUUGCUAAAGUCACAGCAGGUUGAAUCAGAAAAAGCCCAGAGUGAUAUUGAACAUCUCUUUCAACAUAAUAGGAAGUUAGAGUCUGUGGCUGAAGAACAUGAAAUACUGACAAAAUCCUAUAUGGAACUUAUUCAGAGGAAUGAACCAACAGAAAAGAAGAAUAAAAAUUUACAGAUCACAUGUGAUUCUCUGAAUAAGCAAAUUGAGACAGUGAAAAAGUUGAAUGAAUCACUCAAGCAACAAAAUGAAAAAACUAUUGCCCAAUUAAUAGACAAAGAAGAACAAAGAAAAGAAGUACAGAGCCAACUAGUAGACAGAGAAUGUAAGCUCUCAAACUUGCAACAGAAAACAACAGUACAAGAAGAAAAAAUUAAAGUCUUACAAAAAGAAAGGGAAGAUAAGGAAGAAACUAUUGACAUCCUUAGGAAAGAAUUAAGCAGAACAGAACAGAUAAGGAAAGAGUUGAGCAUUAAGGCGUCCUCUCUAGAGGUUCAAAAGGCACAAUUAGAAGGUCGUUUGGAAGAGAGAGAGUCUUUGGUGAAGCUUCAGCAAGAGGAGUUAAAAAAACACUCUCAUAUGAUAGCAAUGAUCCACAGUUUAAGUGGUGGAAAAUUAAGUCCAGAAACUGUCAAUCUUAGUAUAUAG